AUGGAGUCCCCCCAUUACCAGGGCGGGAAUUACUGGGGCACGCUCAUCAAUCCCAACAAGAGUGCUGCUCCGUUGCUGGAACAGCUCUGUUUGGGACUCGCCCAGGUGAUAGCCACGCUCGAACCAUCCUCCGGCACCACGGAUCUGACCCCAGACAAGCUCGCUGCCUUCUACCGUGAGAUAGGCGGUAACUACGACACUCUAUUUCUCGGAACCAGUGGUCCCGCAUUAUCCUUCAUCUACCAGGCGCUGGGCUGCUUCCACACGCUCCAGCCGACCACCAACCCCUUCGAAGCGCCGUCGAUCCCCGCAUUGCUGCCUGUGGGCUUCGUGCGAUGGCAAACCAUCCAGCUCUUGCUGUGUCCUGACGAACAUGCUCGAUACCUGCAAAACGCGGUCAGUAGAUGGGACGUGCCCAACCCUAAUGGCGGCACGUUUCCCAAAGUCAUCCCUCGGGAAGCCUUCCCUGCGGCGCCAGACGAGGAAAUGGUAAAAUGGCAUGAAAAGGUCAGCCGGCGUCUCGAGAAAGACUAUCAAGUCUGGCACAAUCGCCACCAUUCUCCCAGAGACUUUGUCCGCUACUACACAGCGGCCACCGACGCACAGUAUAUGCGGUCUCCAGAAGCCGAUUAUUUCUUUCAGGAUGGUUUAAACCACCGGUAUGGUUUGCAUCCGCGAUCCAGAGCCGAGUUGCACGAGGAUAUCCGUGCAUAUCGACGACACAGGAGUGCAGAAGGCAGAGCACCAUGGUCGUCCGGAUUUGAUGCGAAAUUCGAUAAUUGUGCUGGAGGAAGGCGACCUGGUGACUCGCGGGCAUCAUCGCCGCGACGGUCACCUCUGUUUCCUCCUCCGCCAUCACGAUCGAAAACCAUGCGGAUGGGGAGUCGCGAGCGUCGGGCGAAAUCGUCGUCGCGUCACCGUCCCCCGAGAUUCAGUUUCGGAUCUUCAUCACCUGACUCUUCGGACAACGAGGAAGAGGAAAAUCCCGUGUUGUCGCGGCGGCGCGGUUCCAUUGACGACCGGCGGCAUGGACGCCAUCGGCAUCUGUCUCCGACGCGAGACCCCAAGCCUCGGCGCCAUUCGCAUGAUGCGCGGUCUAGGCACCGCUCGAACAGCUGCCGAGAUCGAGACUUGUCCAACGGCACCAAAAGAGAACAUGACUCACCCAGACCUCGUCGUAACACAUCUUCCAAGAACAGAUCCGAUGACUUCUUCUUGCCCAAGUCCUCCUCGAGACACCAAGGAGUCGAAUUCGAAGAAUACACAUUCGAUGAUACGGGUCGUUCCAGCCGGAGUCACGAUCACCAGUAUACUUCCAAGAGCAAAAGCCAUGCUCACCGGUUCCACAUCAGCUCCGAAGAAUCGUCACCGACAGAUGUCCGGCGAGGCAGCUACAGUUGGAGCAGCAGCCCUGGGUAUCGAAGUGGCAGCGGCAGUAGCUCCGAUCGUCCCCGGUCCUCCAGUAACGCAGGUCCUGGCAGUCCUUGGUCUCCGGGAUGGGACAGUCCACCUCGUGUUUCUGGGAAAAGAGUCCCAUUAUAUGACUGA